AUGGCAUCUGCUUUUCCAAAAUUGCCAGGUUUUGUACCCACUCAAGAUAUAGAUGUAAUUUAAUAAUAAUAAUUUGAAAUUAGAAACCAAAUUUCAGAAAAGUCUCUUCUACUAAAUAAGAAUAAAAUAGAGAUAUCAAUCAUCUACCUAAUAAGGAAUAUGCAGUACCUCGUAAAUAACCAAUACAAAUACCACCAUAAACAGGAAUGUUUAAUCCUGAUUAUAUGAGUACAACUCAUGCUAUGCAUCUUCCAAAAGUAUAAAAAACAGUUACACUCUUAGAAUGUAACUAAUGAUUCUGAAGAAUUAUAUUAACCAUCUUGGGUUAAAAUGGAUAGACAUGUUUUACGAUUUAGUGGAUAUUUCAAAGAAGCAGUUGUUGAAUCAGCACUUGAAAAUUAUAGAAUUCGCAAAAUUACUAUUUGUUACUAUCUUGAAGAUCAUUCAUUAAGUAUAACUGAACCCAAGUAAGAAAAUAGUGGAGUACCAUAAGGAGCAUUCUUAAAAAGAUAAAAAGUAUAAUUUAUUUAAUUAUUAAUAGGUUUUACGUGCUGAUGAUUCAAAGACCUUUAUACUUCCUCAAGAUUUUAGAAUUAAUUAAGAUAUCAUUAUUUAUGGAAAGACAAUACGUCUAUAUGAUUGUGAUCAAUAUACAAGAGAGUUUUAUGAGGUAGUGGAUGUUCUUUAAUCUCACUUAGUUAUAAGGAAUACCUCAAGAAUCUUCUUUUGUACCACAGUCUGAUUCAUUUGAAACCAAGACAAUGACUAAAUUUAUUCCUUAAAAAGAUACUGUGAUGAAAGAUUAUUUAGAACAUAAAUUAGGAGGUGGUCGUGUGACAUCCUAAAAGUAAUUUUUAGAGAAUGAUAGAAAGGUUUUUUUAUUUAAUUAUAUAAUAUUUUAGGUUCUUAAAUUCUAUGUAUUCUCAGAUAUUGAAUAUAUUCUACACUACUAUUUAGCAGAUGAUACAAUAGAAAUUAAGGAAAUAAAUUCAGCUAAUUCUGGAAGAGUUCCAUUCCCAAUGAUGUUGAGAAGAUAAAAAUUACCUAGAAAGUUUUCACUUAAUCAACCUGGAUAAACAUAUGCUGAAGAUUUCAUUAGACCAUAAGAUAUAUAAUUUGGAUAACCUCUAAUCAUAUAUAAUCGCAAAUUCUAAAUUAAUGGUUGUGAUUAAUUUACUAGAUCUUAUUAUUUUGAAAAAUUUAAUGUAGAUUUUCCAUUAGGAGGUUAGGAAGAAUAUGUAUAAUAAGAAAGAUCAAGUAAUAAUAAUUUAAAUAUAUUUAUUUAGAUAUUAUUAUACCUCCUCAUAAUGGUAUUGGAGAUGAGUAAGAUUCACUUGGAUAUAUAUAUAGAUUAUAACCUAUACCACCAAAGAAAGAUUUCUUUAAAUGGGUUGAUAACUAAGUAAAUCUUAGAUUUUUAGCUAUGUUCAAUACAACUAAACCAGAAGAUAAAGAUAGAGUAUUUGUAAUAACUUUCUUUUUAAAUGAUGAUAGUCUUUUAGUCUAUGAACCAACUGUAAGAAAUUCUGGUAUUUGAUAUUCUAAAUAUUAUUAGGAAUACCUGAUGGGAAAUUUUUAGAAAAGAGAAAAUAUAAAAAUAUCAAUAAUAACAAUGAAUUUUUCACUCCAAAUGAUCUUAUAGUUGGAAAUGAAGCUAUAAUAAAUGGUUGGAGAUUCUAAUUGCUAGAUUGUGAUGAGUUUACUAAGAAAUGGUAUGCUCAAAACUUCAAAUGA